UGUGCUAUAUUCUCAGCCAUAGACAAGUAAAUUCACUGCGUUAUCAAGAUUAAAUCAGCCAUGGUUGAAACAUCGAUUCGUUUCCGAGUCAUGCUCGAGCCUCGUGGGUUCAUAAAAGUUAUCGAGUUUGUUCUAGCGAUUGUCGCGUUUGGAACAACGGGAGGAUAUAACAGUCAAAUGGAGUUGUCUUUAAAGUGCACUGGAGCGGAGGAAGUGAAGAUUUUCCACCUCCCGGUUUCUUAUCCGUUCAAUUUUGAAAGUGAAGAAGUAACUGUGUGGACCUGCAAUAAAACCAGUUAUGUACCGGUCAAAACCACAUUAGAAGGAGAUUUCAGCCCUACGUCUCAGUGGUUUAUGUUUGUCGGAGUCAUGGCUUUCCUGAUAUGUUUGGCUGGUGUUGUUUUCUAUGUUGCAUUUGAAACUAACAUUCGAGCAAAAAACGAGAACCUUGUGACAGUGGGUGAUCUGGCAGUCACCGUUCUCUGGACUUUUCUGUGGCUAACAGCUGCUGCCUCAUGGGCUUGGGGAGUUAAUCAGGUGAAAGCAUAUGGAGGGAAAGCUAUUUCACAGGCACCAAUGAAAGAUGAAUGUGCGGAAAACCAAUGCAGUUAUUUAUCCGAUCCUGAUUACGGCCCUCUGAACGCAUCGGUAGCGUUUGCAUUUCUGAGUGUCCUGGUAUGGGCUGGGAACGUCUGGUUUGUCUACAAAGAAACCCCGUAUCACGAUGAUCAGGCUACUCUCACCCCCAACGAAGGAGUCCCAAGUCAAGAAGUUCCGAGCAAUCAGAAUUAAAUAUUAAUAUUAGAGAGACUAUAAAUUGUGGAGCGUCGAGUGAGUGUUUAAAGUGUGACUGUGGGGGCAGAUGUUACUUUGUUUCCCCGAAAAUGGGGGUAUUAUUCUAAUUUUCUCUAGAAAAAUUACACUAGAGAUUAUUUUUGGGGGAAGUCUUAUAUUUUCAUUUAUCAAAAACAAAAUUACAAAGUAGAGAAUUACGAGAAUUUUCAAAUAUACAAAAUAUGAAAACCAAUAUCCAUUUACUUAUAAAUAACAAGUUUUAUUUAAAAAAAAAAACUGCUAAACAACUAUCGACUAGGUCUCAAUUUAAGGAAAGCCUUUAAUAAAAUCAUUUUCAAAAUUCAGGCUAAGUCUUAUUUUCGGGGAAACACAGUAGCGUGUUUGUCGGGGUCGCUUUUUGAAUAUUUUUGUGUCUGACUUCAAGUUCAUUAAUUUAAUUAUCUGUUGAGAAUGACAACUUGUUCCUUUUUAGUUACUUUCAGAGAUUUUGACUUCGGUUUUCACCAGUCUUAACCUCUGACCACGAGUAAUUCAAAAUCUUGGGCUUGAGGGUUGAAAAAUAGGGACAUUUUUUAGUUAUUCCCCCCUCACUAAUAUAUGAAUACUCACUUCAUCCAGUUAGUGUUAGUAACACAGAUUGCACUGAAAAUUCUAAUCAUUUUUAAUCUCAGCCAGAACUGGAUUGUUGCUAAUUUUUUGGUACUCCCGAAGUAUGCGCACCAAGAUGUCGCACAACUUGAACCCUAACCUGGUACACAACCUGAGUUCAGGUUGUGCGCCAUCUUGGUGCGCAUACUUCCGGAGGUCAAAUUUUUUUUUGAAAACGUGGGGGUUUUUAUUGCUGGAAAGGGUCUAAAAAUUUGUCUCCAAUAGACUUAAAACAUUAAACAAUAACAUUGCCCCAACAAGCCUUCUCCAACUACCCAUUAAGAAUUCUAAGUUAAUUUCAACGCUUUUUGAAUUCCUUUCUAAAUCCCGUCUCCAUUAUCACUGUCAGAAGCCGAUUUUAAAAAAUUCAAAAUUUCAAUUUUGAGAAAAAAAAAUAUAACUUGACUCAAAUAUCAAUAUAAACACGCAAAACCUUCAAUUCCACAUCCUGUUUGGAUACAUUUAAAAUAGUGAAUUGCUUAUGAGUACACGGUAAUAAGGCUUUUGGCUUCAUAAAGGAUUUUUUAAUAUAUUGACACUCCAAGUCCUAUUAACGAUAUCUAUGAAGGUGAAAAUAACGUUCCAUUCAAAUAAGUCAAAUUUAUCAAUGAAAACACGUCGUACCCCUCGUUCCCGCAACCCUGUUUAGAAUACUUUUGCUUUCUUCCUUAUGAGUGAAUGAUAUUUCAAUAAGACUUGGAUAUUUUAAUAAACUGACACUCCUAUUAGUCAUUUCUGUGUCAUUUGUUUUAUAUAGAGCUGUCCCGUAUAUAUAUAUAUUACUGUCUUGUAUUAGCAUCCUUGAGGCAACGUUUACAUAUAAAUGUGAAGUUGACAAGUAAAAGAACUUGCACACUAUAUCUGGCGCUCCAGAAGUAUGUGCACCGAGAUAGUGGACACUGGAACGUAGUAUGUGUACCAGGUUGAGGGUUGGGCCAUAAUUUUAUUUCAAUUUUUAGUCUUAUUAAGAGUCCAGGGACUAGCCAUAUGACUCCCGUAGUAUAUGUACCUAAAUUUAUGGCCUAACCCUAACCUUGUACACAUACUACGUUCCGGUGUCUGGCAUCUUGGUGCACAUACUUCAGGAGGACCAUAUAUCUUAGUACCCUUGUCUUGUUAGUUUCCUAAAUAACAGUAACAGGAUAAUAUGGCUAACUAUGAGCUUUAUCCGGCUACCAAUUGCCAGAUGAUACCAAGCUCUAGCAAAUUAAAUUAUUCGGAUCAUUGAAUUGACAUAAACCACGUAAACACCUGGAAUGUGUACGAAGCAAUUUAAAAUUCAAAAUCAGGGCGGCCCUUGUUGAUUUUUAUGCGGCCCACAAACUUUUUUUUCCUCUACUCUUGAGAUGUUUGAGGAAAUUUUCAUCAAACCCAAACUCUGAUAAACGACCUAAAUACCUUCUUGUGUGGCCUGCGCAAACCGUUGUUCUUUUAUUUUCCUCACUAUUUUUUGCGAAGAAAUUUUGGUUUUGCUGGUUAGAAACUGCAACCACCAAGUCUACUUCCGCAGUUCACAUCCCAACAGAUUGUAGUGUAAUUUGGGGUACAUAGGGAGCAUCCUCUCCCUCAGAGAUUUUCGAAAAAAUUUGAAAUCGGGGUGUCACUGGCAUGCGGCUCGCGUAUCCUUUUUUUACGUAAAUUUUAUUUUAUACCACCGGGAGAUGUAAGGAGUAAUUUAAAUCAGAUUAGUUCGAACCCUGACACGUCAGCUCCAAAGCAAAUUUGAAACCAUAUGUAGUUCCUUUUUUCACAAAUCGAAAUGAUUAAUUUUUUCUGUAAAAUCUGUUAUUUUUGCAGUAGUUGCUUAUGUUGUUAUUGUAUACUUCCAAUAUCUUGUUUUAACUUGUUAUGGUGGUCGUCGUAACCUUGCUCUUAAAUGAGGGCCUACUUUUUGUUUUGUCAUGAAUAUCUGAAACCUUGCUUAUGUUCCUUCUAAAAUUUGAAAAAAAGAAAUUCCUUGCUCUGAUUCCAAAACUACUUAAAUCCAGAUAGCUGAAAGAAACAAAUAAUUAUCCAUUGGCAGUGAAUUCACAAUGCCACAACUUGUUGCAUUUUCUUCCAACCUGCUAAGUCAGAGGUUCCUAACCUUAUAUGGCCCAUGGCCUUUUCGGGGGCUCUCAGCAAUCAUGCCACCCCCCCCUGUUUAUCAUUACAGUGAUACCUAUAGUGUUAUUUUUGAUCCCAUUAUGUUCAAACAAUUAAUGCGAAGUGAAAAUGACACUAUGUGAUUAUAACCUUGUCAAAAAAUGAAUCAGUUUUGCGCCACGAUUGUGCCCCCCCCCACUAUGCCCCUUUUGGGGGGGCGACAGGCCAUCAGUUGGGAACCGCUGUGCUAGGUUAUGCGAAAGUGCCGCCUUGUCUGGGCCCUGGUUUAUAACUUUUGAAUAUUGUAGUGUUAAUAGAACUGAUAGUAUAGCCCAUGACUACUCAACUGGCAGACCGCGGUCCGAAUCCGGACUUUUCAAGUAUUCGAUUAGGACCGUGCCUAAUUAUUUAUUUUGGAUCAUUACCCCCACCUUUCAAGUUCCCGUUUAUAAAAUCACUUUCAUAGAUUUAAAUAUAUAUUAAAAAAACUACGGUAUAAUGCCAUAAUAAACAAUCUUGUUUAGCUAAUUAUCAUUAGUCGAUCGAGAAAGUGCGCGUUCAAGGAUGCCGAAAUAUAAUUUCUGGAAAGACCUGACCCAAAUAGUUUUUUACCCAAAGUUUUGUAUGCGGAUCUUCGGUAAAAAUAGUUGAGUAGCCAUUGAGCGGUCGCUCCUCUUAUUUGUAUUGUCAACUUUUAUGAAUCAAAAAGAUUAAUUUUUCUGUAUAUUCUAUUAUUACUGUAGUUGCUUAUGUUGUAAUACUUUCUUUUGACUUUUUUAACCCAGUUGAAGUUGGAUUAAUCAUUAGGGAAUAAUUACGUCUGAGUGAGUUAAUUACAUCUGUGUGAAAGUGAGUGUAGCCUCACAACUCAUGACAUACUGUUGCUAUUUGUUGUGAGCUUAUAGAUUUGUAUAGACAUGCAGUUGUAAUAAUAGAACUAUCCUCUUAUGCAUUUUGUAUGUGUCUUCGAAUUUGAUUUUAAAUUUGCAGUUCUCCUCAAAUUUCAUAAAGGUAAAGUUUUUCGCUUGUGGACUAUACAGUCCUGCUUUUGGGUUAUACCGUCAAGGCACGCAUUUUUGCAUGUUGUCUGAAUUGAAUUUUAGGUACUUUCGUAGUAUGUGUACCUGGCUAGGGUUAGGCCAUUAUUUUAUUCAGAUUUUUCUUAUUUUAGUUCUAUAACAAGUUCAGAGACUGUCUGUGUUGCUAACUUGAUGUAAAAUAGUCUAAUAAAAUUAGUUACCUCCGUAUUGUUAUACACACUUGUGGAGCGCUGUUAAUUCUUAUAUGAACCUUUCAUUACGAAAGAGACUGACUUUGUAGCCCAGUUUUUUGGUCAUAUUAUCAUUGCAUGUAUUUCAAUUCUGAAAUCAAUUUUCAUUUUAUAGUUUAUAAAUUCUGAUUUCAUGAAGAAAGCUGAGCAAGUAGAUGACACAUCAGUGCUUAAGUCAAUUUUCAUAUAAAACUUUCAUUUCAAUAAAAUGAAGUAUAUUAUUUUUUGUGAAGCUCAACCCCCCCCACCCUCACUCUUUAAAUAUUGGAUUUACAUAUUUGAUGGUAUUGUUAGUCUCAGUGAAUAAUUAUUCUUCAAUUCCCGACGCACUUUAUUAUUUCUCUGCACAGUGGGGGUAAAAGUGAAGCUUUAAGACUUUUUUCCUAGCAAUGUAUUAAUCUGUACGUACCGGUUCAUAUGUCAUCACAAACUGAUUAUCCGAACAUUUUUUAUUGGCAUGUUUUUUUUUUAAAGAAUCGCUGAUAAUCCUACAUGUAUAUUUUCAUAUUUCAAAUUUCAUGUUAUUACAGUUUUGCUCAUUUCUGCUUAUCAUGUUGUUGAGGCCUCCCAAAUUUGCAUAUGCAACCAGUUUGCACAUACAGCCCACUUGCUUAUACAACCCCCUUGCAUAUGGAACCCAUUUUUAUACAAAAACAAUCAAUUUUGAACAUGUGUCCCUAAAAAAGGUGAUUCCCCUAUGCACAACUCCCAACCACAUGAAAAUUAAUUCAAGUCAAUGUCACCCAUUUAUUUUUACAAAUAAAGGACUUUUGAGCGGAUCGAAAAAUUUUGGCGCAUAUGAGCCUGAAAUGAAUGCUUUGUUGAGUUUCGGUACAAAAUUUUCGCCAUGUGAUAUCACAAUUAAAAUUUCGACUCUCAAGGAAUUUAUUCAGAAUUCUGACAUUGGGGAGUUUAAAAAUACGACCGGUUAAAAACAUGCGAAUCCCCCACUCCCCCUCCCUAGCUCUGUAUAUCCAAAAAGUUGACAUUUUUUUAUUACUAAUUAUAGUAACUUGUUAUUUCUAGUUAAAUUUGCGUAAUUUAUUAAAGCUAGAUCAUGUGUAGCAUGCCUAUAUGUCGUCAUAAUAAACCGUAGGUGUUUUA